AUGUGUCGUGUAGAAUACCAGCUGGGAGCUGGCGACACACUGCACACGGCCUGCAAACCUCCCAAUCCAAGCUGCCGUAUUCGUGACAGCGGAGUUAGCGCAAAGGAGAUCCGACUCAUUCUCCGCAUGCACAACAGUAUUGGAAUGCUGAACUUGCCGCUGUGGCACAGGCACACGCCAAUCAGUGCAGCUCUGAGUGGGCGCAAAAACAUGAUGAGGCCAACGCGAGAAAAACAGUAUUGGAAUGCUGAACUUGCCGCUGUGGCACAGGCACACGCCAAUCAGUGCAGCUCUGAGUGGGCGCAAAAACAUGAUGAGGCCAACGCGAGAAAAACAGCAGCCUUUGAUGCCGUGGGCCAGAGCGCAACCUGGGAGGCCUUCAGCGAAGAUCGCAGCAAGCGUUGGUGGCAAGCGCACAUCGGAAAGUGGUUCGCUGAGUACGCAGUGUGCCCCGCCGACCGGAUCGAGUACUUCCGCGAAAGAAACGACGGUCUUCAAAUCGGUCAUUUCACACAGAUAAUUUGGACCGACACGCAGUUCAUCGGCUGCGGCUACUCGUACUACACGCUGGAUGGUGUCGAAGGUGACAAGAAAUACCAAGGCUUCUAUGUCUGCAACUACGCCCCAGCGUACGUGUCCGCAUGCUAA